AUGAAGAUCUCGACAGGAUUAGCAGCCAGUCUUGCCUUGUGUUGCAGUGUAGCUGCAGGUCCCCUGGCAUCUGGUCACACCCAACCUCGUGGCAGUGACGGCAUUUCUGCCAACACCCUGAGCGUUCAGAUACAUCGUGAGCUUGGCGCACAGCUAUCCCAGUCAACCUCCAUCUUUGGAGCGAACGACCCCGCAUAUCGCAAUGCAACACAUAGAUGGGACACUUUCGAAGCACCCACCGUGCCGGUGAUUGUUGAAGUGGGCAACGAAUCGGAUAUUGCUAAAGUGGUACGUCUCUUCUUCUCUAUUUAGCCUGAUCACGACUAACAUCUUUACGGAUCAAAUACUGCAACAAACAUGGUAUUGACUUCUUGGCGUACAAUACUCGUCAUGGGUCAACCGCGACCCUCGGAAGAUUCAACGGUGUGAUGAUAGGCCUGAGUAAACUGACCCAAGUCACCGUGCAACCAGAUGGGAAGUCUGUUUGGCUUCAAGGCGGCAAUCGUGGUGGGCCAGUCAACGCCUAUCUCUGGGACAAAGGCUACGUAGUUACUACCGGAGCUUGUGAUUGCGUCGGUCUCGCUGGCGCUGGUCUUGGAGGUGGUCAUGGACGUCUUGAGGGGCUCUAUGGAAUGGUUUCAGACAACAUCCGCCAGCUAAAUGUUGUGCUCGCCAACGGUACGGAAGUUCGCGUCAAUGCUACAAGCCAUCCCGACCUCUUUUGGUCAAUGCGAGGGGCUGGCCACAAUUUUGGCAUUGUCACGAGUUUUGAGAUGAACAUCUAUCCUCGCGGACCGUCUACCUGGCACUACAAGAACUAUCUUUGGACCGGCGACAAGCUCAAUCAAGCUUUUACGGCCAUAAACGCUCUUCACGGCAAUGGAACAACUCCUGUAAACAUGACUUAUAAUAACGGUCUCUUCUUAUAUCUUCCAGCUAUUGACGCCAAGAAACCAGUCAUCUCCUGGCAGUUUUCAUUCCGCGGAUCCGAAUCGGAGGCCGCUGAGCACUUCAAAGCUUUUGAUGCCAUUCCCGCCGUCAGUGUUGAAUCUGGCAAUCUUCCUUAUCCAAGCCUCGCCCAUGCUCAGGCUACUGGGCUCGACGAUCCUGCAUGUACCAGCAGUACCCUACGACUCAUCACCACCGCCGGUCUGCGUGUCUUCAACCUUACCACAGAACAGCAAAUCUUCGACUCAUUUACAAAGCGCAUUGCGAAGCAGCCUGGCCUUGCAACGGGGCCUUUCAUUAUUCACGAAGGCUACUCUACGGAGGGCUCAAAAGCUAUGAAAUCGGCCGACUCUGCCUAUCCUUUCCGUGAUAACAUCCACCUCACGCAAUUCCAAGGCAACUUGCCCGCUAACGCGACGAAACACGAACAGGAUCAGAUGUUGAAGUGGGCGAGAGAAGUUCAGGACCUCUGGAAUGCGGGCCAGCCUACCCGCCGACCCGAUGCGUACGUCAACUACGCAAGUGGUUUUGAGACUGUGCAGGAUUGGUAUGGUCAUGAGUCGUGGCGAGUUGCAAAGCUCCGUCGCGUCAAAGCCCAGUAUGAUCCUUCCAAUCGUUUCCGGUUCUAUAAUCCUGUCAAUUGA